GCUAGUUUCCCUUCCAGCUGACUCAGGGCUUCGCUGUCCGGUGACCGAGGGGGAAAGUGCCGGUGCUGCAGAUCGGGCCCGUGGGAUCAGGCCCCCCAGAGCACCCCCUCCUGGGGUCCAUGGCCCGCCCUGGUCCUGCCUCCUGGGUUCAUGGUCCCCUCCAUCCUCUCUGGGUCCAGGGGCCUCUUCCAUCUUCUCUGGGUCCUGACCCCCUCCCUUGUCCAGGGGUCCCCCCGAUCCCCAGACCCCUAUCUGGGCCCAUCCCCCUGAUAUGGGGCUUUGCCCCUGCAGCAUCUUCCCUCCCUGGGUGUGGGGGCCCUGUGUGCUGGGGCAGGUUGGGGGGGUUGGAGGGAGGUGACCCCUAAACCUUCCUGGUUCCAACCACCCUCCCACCUUUCUGUUCCUUUUUGUACUUCUCCUGCAUGGAUCUCCCGGCGCGCAUCCCAGUGGCACCUGUCCUGCUCCCCAUGGCUCCAGGGGGCUGUUGAGGGGCUGUUCCCCACUCAGACCUCACCCCCCCGCAUAGCGACUCAGCCUCGGGUGCUCUGCCAGAAGCAGCUGCAGCAGCCAGAGCUGCAGCCGGUGGCUUGCUGUAGCUUUCACGGCGACUCCCUUUCUCCGGUCUGGGAACUAGGCGUCAGAGUUAAAUCCCAGCGACAAACAACCAGCCCUGCUUCCCCGGCAGAGCCUUUUCCGGGGCUUCCGCCAUUUCCUGGCCUGUGGUGCUUACCCCAGAGCGGGCGAAGAGGUGCCUGGCUCCCGGCUGUGAAUACCCGCUCCACUGGGACGCGGCAGGAGUACAGGCCCUGCUGUGGCACCGGCCCGGGGCUAGCGGUGGCAGGCAGAUGAGGUCGCACUGGAGGGAAGGCGCACGUUUCUAGAUGUGGGUAACUAGCCAUUGGCACAGCUCACCUGGGGCUGUGGUGGAUCCUCUGUGGCGGCCAGUGUUUGAUGCGGGACGGAUGGGGUUGGGCCUCAGUUUCCCCAGGAGUUUGUUCCAGGCCCUGCGGGUUACCCAGGUGAUCCCAAUGUUCCCGCCUGUCCUUGGAGCUGGGAAUUCUCCAGCUGGCCCUGCGGUGAUCCCCCGACCCCGGAGCCAAGAUGACUCAGUGCGGCCUCCUGACCGGCUCCAGCAAGCCGGUGCCUCUGCGCAGCGGCUCGGUGACGGUGCUGAUCCGAGGCUUCGUGGCUGACGUGGGCUGCGAGCUGCCCUACAGGAACGAGGAGCCAGGGCCCGUGGAGGCCGUGUUCGUAUUCCCUGUGGACACUGAGGCGGCUGUCUACGCCUUCCAGGCCCGCCUGGCGGAAGCCUGUAUCCAGGCCCAGCUUCGUGAAAAAAAAACAGGCUCCCUGAUGGGCGACCCGGCUGUGAUGGUGACCCUGCUGCCCAGCCUGCCCGAGGCGGUGCCGGGCCAGAGCCCAGCCGGGGAGUUCAUCUUCCUGCUGGACCGCUCCGGCAGCAUGGCGUGCCCCAUGGACGGCCGAGACCGCUCCCCCCAGCGCAUCGACAGCGCCAAGGGAAUUAAAGAGCUGAGGUCUUCCAGCGUUUGCUUGAGCCCCAGGACGUCCUGAGAAGGGCCCAAUGCUGCCUAAGGUGGACCGUCAAGAUGGAUGGCCAGGUUUUAAGCAGUUCUUCCUUUGGUAGAGAAUUCAGCAGCUGGUGGAUGGGGACGGAUUGACAACACACAGCACGUGGCAAGCAUCCUCUCUCUGCUGCCCACUUCCACCUGUCAGCCUUCCCCAUUGAAUCGCAUCUGCCAACCGAACACAGUUCAGCUGGAACAUGUCUGACCAGCUCUAAUUUGGACAUAUAGCAAAUCAAUUAUGCGUGCAAAUCCCUGGGCUACGGUUCACGUUCCCGACUGUCUAUCGAAGAGAAAUCUGCCAUUAUGACCAAAGGAGGUUGUUUUUGGACAUUCAAAGAUCCUGUCGGUCUGUCUGUCACAUAGCUGAACUCUGUGUAGAUGGGACUAAGUUUACACUCGAUGGCUCGUGCAGGGCGAGGUCAGUGCAGCCACCUAUGGGGUGGGGCGCAGGGGCUGUUAAUAGAGGGACCCAUCAGUCAUUUGGAAAAAGCGAAGAAAUUUGCAAUAUUGACACUGGCGAUCCAGAGGACACCCCCCCCAAUGCUGAGAGGAGGUGGCAGCUGUGAGCAGCAUGGGGGUUACUGAACACUGGGUCAGCGUGUGGUGGAGCUGGGGGGCAGCCAUGGCUCCUCUUCAGCCAGCAGGAGGGGGGGCAGCCAUGGCUCCUCUUCAGCCAGCAGGAGCCGGAUGCAUCUGAAUUGGUGGCAGUGGGAUCCCAGCUGGGGGUUAGCUCCGGGUUGGGCACAGGCCGGCCAGGUGGGUCUGCACCCAGUGCUCCCUGCUGGCCCCUGGGGCUUCCCAGUUUGUGGCCCAGGGUAGCUUGGGGGGUGGGAACGGGGAUCCCAGUUUGGGGGGGCUCAGAGCCUGAAGACAGCAGGGCCAAUGCUGCACCCCAGCAGGGCAUUGGUGGCUUCCAGGCACUCGCUCAGC